GGGCGCCUCCGCGUCAUCGCGCCGCGCCGGGCCGGAGCGGCGUGCGGCCGGCAUGGCGCUCUUCCAUGUAGCGCGGUACCCGGGCCCCGAGGCGGCCGGGGCGGAGGCCGGGGCGGACGGCCGGGCCCGCGCGCUGCUGGAGCGGCUGCAGUGCCGGGCCCGGGAGCGGCAGCGGCAGAAGCAGCCGCGGCAGCAGGAGGCCGCGCAGUCCGCGGGGCCGGCGGGGAAGCGGCGGCGGCGGCCGCGCAGACCGCGGAGGCGCGAGGGCGGCGGGGCGCCGGAGAGCAAGCGGCGGAGAGCGGACGGCGAGGACGCGGGCGCAGGGAGCAGCGAGGAGGCGCCGGAGGAAAGCGGCGUGGGCGCCGAGGCCGCGGAACAGCCGGAGGCCCCGGACGGACGGCCCCCCGAGGAGGCCUCUGGGCCCCCAGCCCACGCCCUGCUGCUCGGGGGCUUCAGGAGGAGCAGGGCGCCAAAGGUCCAGCCUUUCCUGCCAGCCUGGCUGGCCGAGCCAAGCUGUGUUGAAAAGAACGUCACCAAAGACUUGGUGCCUAUUGAGGAUGUCCCUGAGGUCCACCCUGACUUACAGAAGAAGUUGCGGGCACAUGGCAUCUCAUCCUACUUUCCAGUCCAGGCGGCAGUGAUUCCUGCUCUCCUGGAGAGCAUGGCCAACGGGUUUCUAGUGGGCAGAGGUGGCUACCAGCCCAGUGACCUUUGUGUUUCUGCCCCGACGGGCAGUGGGAAGACCCUGGCCUUUGUCAUCCCUUUGGUGCAGGCCCUGCUCCAUCGAGCCAUGUGCCAGGUCCGUGCCCUGGUUGUGUUGCCCACCAAGGAGCUGGCCCAGCAGGUGAGCAAAGUGUUCAACGUCUACACAGAUGCCACUCCUCUGCGGGUCGCUCUGGUCACCGGGCAGAAGACUCUGGCCAAGGAGCAGGAAACUCUCGUCCAGAGAACAGUAGAUGGCUUCCGCUGCCUGGCUGACAUUGUGGUGGCCACGCCUGGCCGCUUGGUGGACCACAUCGACCAGACCCCGGGAUUCAGCCUCCAGCAGCUCCGUUUCCUGGUCAUUGACGAGGCCGACAGGAUGAUAGACAGCAUGCAUCAAUCCUGGCUGCCGCGGGUCAUGGCGGCAGCCUUCCCGAGAAAGGGCACCAAGAGCCUCUUUUCUCUGCUCCAGAGAAGGCAGCCCCAGGCCAUCACUGCUGCCAGCACCUGCUGUCCCCAGAUGCCGCUGCAGAAGCUGCUCUUCUCGGCCACUCUGACCCAGAACCCCGAGAAGCUGCAGCAGCUCGGCCUCCACCAACCCCGCCUCUUCUCCACGGGGCUGGCACAGCGGGGUUCCAGAGACGCUGACGCAGAGGCAGACGGGGAGUCGGCUGGGAAGUACACCUUCCCCGCAGGGCUCACGCACCACUAUGUGCCCUGCAGCCUCCGCUCCAAGCCAUUGGUUGUCCUGCACCUCGUCUUAGAGAUGAACUUCUCAAGGGUCCUCUGUUUUACCAAUUCCCGUGAGAACUCCCAUAGGCUCUUCCUGCUAGCCCAGGCUUUCGGGGGUGUGAGUGUGGCCGAGUUCUCCUCCCGCUACGGGCCUGGCCAGAGGAAGAUGAUCUUGAAGCAGUUUGAGCAGGGAAAGAUACAGCUCCUCAUCAGCACAGAUGCCAUGGCCCGUGGCAUCGAUGUGCAGGGCGUGCAGCUGGUGGUCAACUAUGAUGCCCCCCAGUACCUGCGGACCUACGUGCACCGGGUUGGGAGAACUGCCCGUGCCGGAAAAACUGGACAGGCCUUCACGCUGCUCCUUAAAGUGCAGGAAAGGAGAUUUCUCCGGAUGCUGGCUGAAGGCGGGGUGCCUGAACUGGAGCGGCACGACACCCCCAGCAAGCUCCUGCAACCGCUGGUCCCUCGGUAUGAGGCGGCCUUGUCCCAGCUGGAGAGGGCUGUCAAGGAAGAGCGAAAGCAGAAGGCGGCCUAGGCCAGGGCUGGGGCGGAACAGGCCCUGUCCACGCCAGCGAGGUGUCUGUUUUCUCCUGCUGGGCUUGGCUACCUUCUUUCUAGAAAAACCCUGAGUGCUGAUUGCUGGACGUGCGAGCAAAAGACAGGGAUUCCUGGGAAAGGGCCUUCCCAGGCACACUGCCCGCUCCUGCCAGGCCCUUGGACGUGAGGCUCUUUUGGCCACUGCACCAUGCCUCAUGCUGGGGUAACUCAGGCCCAGGCCUGAGACCGUCAGGGAUGCAUAAGAUCAGCCUUUGGUCAGGGCGAUCUUUCUGCAAACAGGACUCAGUAAACCACCCCAGGACUGACAGGGUGGUGUCUGUCAUGGUUUUGGCUGAGAGUUGGGAGGUAGGCUUGAGCUAGUUUUGGAACUCUAGCUCUUCUAACAACGUAAGUGUGUUCACCAUCCUGCAUCGGAAAGGUUGCCCUGAGUCCCUCACUCGCAGGGUGAGGUGGCUGUGCCGCACCCCGGGCUGCUGAGUGACAUCUGCAAGCCCUACCUAGCAGAUCCGGGAAGGAAAGCAUCAUCUGGGAGGUGUUUCCACUGAUACAGGUGUCAGCAUAGACAGAGGAGAGAGCCGCAGAGUCAGCAACACUUUAUCUUGCAAUCCAUCACCAACCCGGUAUAAAAUAAACCUGCAGCACGAGAUAGUCUUUGUCACGAAUGUAACGGAAGACGGACCUCAGAGCACUGACCACUGUCUGCAAGAAGGCUUUGUUUUAAAAAUUUAUAUGCUGAUGUCACAAUAAACUCUUAAAAAAAUA